AUGUCCAAGUCGUAUUAUUCACAUCGCAAACAUAGAUCACAUAUAGAUUUCUAUGCAAAUGUCACACCCAGUUUCAACGAGCAACAACCCACUAGACAUUAUCGAGAUGGAGGAAACAGUGAUGGUUAUCACAAUGAUGUUAUGCGAUAUACGGGUGAUAGUGAUGAAGACAAUCUUGAUGUCUCCAGUGUUAAAAGUAAAUAUUACAAUGUAGUUAAUACUCUCAAGUGUAUUCGUUACACUGGAACUUUCCUAUCAAUAAUGUACCUGUUUGUAAAACUGUGCUAUUUAGGCAACUCAAUUAUUCAGUUAUUCUUAAUGCAAUACUUUCUUGGAUUUACAGACGGUAGUAAUAGUUUCUUUGGUCUGGUAGUUCUACAUAACAUACUUCAUGGUCAUGAUUGGCAGUCAACCUUGUUCUUUCCACGAGUAGCUUAUUGUUACGCACCUGUUAAAAACUUUGGAACAAAAGCUAACAUAGCUACAGCUCAAUGUGUUCUACCAACAAAUAUGUUGAAUGAAAAAAUUUACAUAUUUCUUUGGUGGUGGAUUCUACUAGUGUCUAUACUCAAUGCCAGUAGUCUACUACGAUGGUUUUUACAAUUUGCCUGUCAAAAUCGUGGAAGUCGAUUCAUUAUUAAAUACAUUAAAUUGUCGAACAAUCUACCUCUUAAUGAUGUCUAUUGUGCUGAGAAAUUCGCAAGAAAAUUCCUACGACGUGAUGGAAUGUUUGUCUUACGUAUGUUAGCAUCGAAUGCUGGGGAAAUGAUCACCUCAGAAAUUAUCAAUGCAAUGUGGGUGAAUUAUCGUAAUACUGUUGUCCAAUCAAAACUUGGAAGUUCUCAGCAACUUAGUCAAAUUGUUCAUCACAAUGAUGAUAUGCCGAAAGAUACUUUUCCAUCAAACGUUUCAGAAGCUAGAUGGAAUAGAGAACAAGCAGAAGAACAUCCGCCGAAAGUACUAACUGAAAACACUUAUUCAACUAAGACUCCAAAAACGAAGUCCCCAGUAUUUGAUGACACUAAACCAGAAAAUAGACGAGGAAGCAUCGAAAUGGCAAAUCAGCCUAGACGCCUUUAUUAUGUUUAA